AUGGCGGUGCGGAGCCGCGGCGCUUGGCGGCGGCUGCUGCUGCUGCUGCUCCUGGCCGGCUCCGCCGCCAGCCCGGCGGAGGAGGGCGGCGGGCGGCGGGAGGCGGGCGGCGGGGAGCACGGCGAGGAGGCGGCGCGGCCUCACCACGACUCCUCGUACGGCACCUUCGCCAGCGAGUUCUACGACCUGCGCUACCUCUCCGAGGAGGGUUACCCUUUCCCUACUGCUCCUCCUGUGGAUCCAUUUGCAAAAAUCAGAGUGGAUGACUGUGGAAAAACCAAGGGAUGCUUCAGGUAUGGUAAACCUGGAUGCAAUGCGGAGACUUGUGACUACUUUCUAAGUUACCGUAGAAUAGGAGCUGAUGUUGAAUUUGAGUUGAGUGCCGAUACUGAUGGCUGGGUGGCGGUGGGAUUUUCCUCAGACAAGAAAAUGGGAGGAGAUGAUGUCAUGGCUUGUGUUCAUGAUGAUAACGGAAGAGUCCGAAUACAGCACUUCUAUAAUGUCGGUCAGUGGGCUAAAGAAAUCCAGAGAAAUCCUGCUAGGGAUGAAGAAGGGGUUUUUGAAAACAAUCGUGUAACAUGUCGAUUCAAGCGUCCUGUAUAUGUUCCCCGAGAGGAAACCAUCGUAGAUCUGCACUUGAGUUGGUACUAUCUGUUUGCUUGGGGUCCAGCAAUUCAGGGUUCUAUAACUCGUCAUGAUAUAGACUCACCACCCGUAUCAGAGCGUGUUGUCAGUAUUUACAAGUAUGAAGAUAUUUUCAUGCCAUCAGCUGCCUAUCAGACCUUCUCUUCUCCAUUCUGCUUGCUCCUCAUUGUUGCACUGACCUUCUAUUUGUUGAUGGGAACCCCAUGA